GCGCUAGUCCUUUUACAUGCAGAGUAAAGCUGUUACGUUUAGCAGGUAUAUAUAGUUCAUAGUAUUUGAAAAGCAGAAAUCAGUUUCCAAAAGAUACUGGAGCCAUGAAGUCGUUUGUAGCAGUCGUUCUUUUGAUUUGCCUUUGGGCAGUUGUAAACGCCAGCUAUGAUAAUGCCCCCAAAUACAGUGCCUUUGGUUAUGCCGCCGCAAAGCUCACUGGCAGACACUGUCCUCCCGGAUGGCUCCAGUACCACCAGAGCUGUUACUACUUCAGCAGGGACAGGCUGAGCUGGUGGCAGGCUUCGAUGAAAUGUGCCUCUAUGGGAGGAUUCCUGUGUAACAUUGAUGAAGCUCACGAGAACACUUACAUCAGACAUCAUCUGUCUAUGUACCAAGUAUCCCCUGGAGCGUGGUUCGGUUUAAACGACUGCUUUUAUCCCAACGUCCACAGAUGGGGCUGGGGAUUCUCCAACAAACGAUGCCACAAGUUUGACUGGUAUGCUGGCGAGCCUGUGUACCAUCAGAAAGGAGACUAUAACUGUGGUAUCUUCUGGAGCAGCUACAAAUAUCACUGGCAUGUCGAUAGUUGUACCCAGAGGAACUAUUACGUCUGUGAAAUGAAGAUGGGCAAGCCUUGCAAGUGCCAAUACUAAACAAAAUGUGGACUUGUGCAAAAAUAAAGUUAUAACAACUAGAUGAUA